UACAGUAAAUAAAUAUACCCAAUAUUUGUUUUUAUCCUUUGCAGAAAAUCACAGACGAGGGAUGUAUCUACAGAUGACCCAGGAUGGGAGAGUAUCCGGAAGUGAAGUCCAGACGCCUUACAGUUUGCUUCAGUUGCAGUCGAUACAAACAGGCCACAUCGCCAUUAAAGGUCAGAGGUCAUCCCUGUUUCUAUGUACAGACAGUGAGGGCUCUCUGAGGGGGCAGACACACUUCUCAGAGGACGAUUGCAGUUUCAGAGAAUUGCUGUUGGCGGACGGAUACACACGUUUCCUGUCCGCACACCACGGACUUCCUGUGUCGCUGGCGUCCAGGCGUUCCCCUGAUCGACACGCGGUCCCCUUCACUAGAUUCCUGCCACUCAAGGAUACUCUUCCAGCGGAGGCUGCAUCCGAGCAUCCUCCAAAACCAGAGACCUACUUCAACCUGGACUCUGAAGACCUUCUCGGAAUGGGUCAGAAUUCCAUGCUCAGUCCUCAUUUCUCAGUGGACAAUUGAAGAAGGAAAGAGUGAACAUCUACGGGCGAAUGUAUUUAAUUAAAUUAAGUAUUUAAAAGCAUCCAUUCGAAAAUAAUUGUGGACUGUAUUUUAAAGUAUACCUUCAAGAUUGAUAAUAUUCUAUUUUAUUUAUUUAAGUGUGCUUCGUUUGUGUAUUUAUAAUAAGAUAAUGAUUAUUUUGAAUGUUUUUUUUACUGUGAAAGGGUGGUUCAUUCUGAGCCAUAUGGUUAUAUUUGAACAUUUUAGGCACUUUGUCAG